GUGUGUGCUGAAGGGUUUCUGUUGGGGCGACACAGGAGGUGGAGAGACAUAGCUGAGAAGAAAGAGAGAGAGAGAGAGAGAGAGAGAGUAGCAGAGAUCUUAGAUAAGUCUGAUUAGGUCAAGACUUAAUCUCAGUGUGGGAACUAUUUCUGCAAUAUGGGACUUUUGAUCAGGUACACCUUUCUGACUUUCUUUACUUAUUUUUCGUACAACGUAGACAUCUGGAACAGCAUGCAGUAGCUCUGUGGUGGCCUUAUAUUUCUGGCUUUUGUGUCUUCAUUGUGACCUUAUUGGUGUUUUAAAUGUUACAGCUUGUGACUGCGGUAAAAUAAAGUGCAAGACGACCAAGAUGAUGAAGUCAGUGCUCUACAAUUAAAUCUACGUGGUUGUGUGAAGUCACACUGAUAUAAUCGGUCCGUUAUCACUUAUGUAGCAGAUUUUACAUUUUAAUUUGAGUCUUCUUGGUUCUCUUUAGAAACUGCCCUCACGUGUUUCACUGUUGAUGAAGUGAUGCAAGCCUCCAGGCAGCCGGUGUUGGUUUUAUCAUGAAACUGACUGAUGAAGGUCAAGCUGUUCUGUUGUGCUUCCUCCUCAGAAGGUUGCAAUUCAAUUUAAGGACUUGUGAGGCCGAAAGGGUCGAUGGCUUCAGGGACAGAUGGAGGAGACCUUAAUUCAAUCAGCCCUGUGUUAUUUGUGUGAUUAAAUCCACCAGUGUGGGUGUGUUUCCUUUCACCCUCCUAACAUGUGGAUCUUGCGUCAAUAACGUUAGACUGAUACCUGGCUGUUUGUUGUCACGCCACAGAGGAGAUGUGCUGCGUGUUUCUUUUCUUUCUUUUCUUCUCAUGGCUGGUAUGGAUGCUCAGACUCACAGGUAGACGGGAGUCAGAUGCGUCACUUCAUGCCUCAUUCUCUUAAGAAUGUAGGGAUCAUGUAACUGCAGCCAAACGGUUUGAUCUCUGUAAUGUAAUUGGGGGAAAUUAUAUCAAAACCCGUCAUUCGGUUUGCAACUGUAGCGGAUGCCGCUCAUAAAAUAAACAUUUAAAUGUGUUCAGGGUUCAAAUAAACGUCUGAUAUUCUGUUUUCCUCUGUGUGUUUGUGUGUGUGCGCUCGCUCCAUUGGCCGGCUGUGCUUCUCUGCUGGAUCCAUGCUGCUCUACUAAUGGUUGACGUGUCAUCAUGACAACAGAAGCGGGCUCUGAGACCGAGGUGAAGGAGAAAGCCGAGGAGUCGGCCGCUCAGCCGGACCAAUCGGAGAAGUCCACGGAAGAGACCCAGGAAGUAGCCAACGCUGAGGGAGAGGAGAAAGAGAAGGAGGGCAAAGGAAUCGCUCGCUACCUGCCAACAUGGCUUAAGAAGCAGAAGUCUCAGAGCCAGACCUCCCCGACCAAGGAGGUGCCCCCCACAGAGGACGCCGUUAGCAAGGAGACACAGAAAGAGGACCAGUCUGCCCCGGAAGUGAACGGCCACGCAGAGGAAGUGGAAGAGAAGGAGGUGGUAAAGUCGGAGCUACUGAAGGAAAAAGAAGCAGAAUCUCACUCCACCGCCAGCGCAGACACUGAGCCUGCCAAGGGGGAGAAGGUGGAAGAGAGUGCUGAGAAAAGUCCAGAGGAGACGCCGGUGACAGCAGAGGGAGACGGAGCAGAGGAGCAGCAGAAGGAGCAGGAAGGGGAGGCGGGAGGUGAAAAGGUGGGAGGAGGAGAAGGAGGCCAGACUUCUAUUUUCCAGUCUCCUCUUCGCCUGGUGAGGAAGACCAAGAUGAAGAUGAUGGUGUGCCACGUGACCCUCCUGGACGGGACCGACUUCGACUGCGAGGUGGAGAAACGUGCCAAGGGCCAGUUCCUGUUCUUUAAGGUGUGUGAGCACCUCAACCUAAUGGAGAAAGACUACUUUGGACUCUCAUACACGGACAGCCAUGAACAGAAGUGUUGGUUGGAUCCCACUAAGGAAAUCAAGAGACAGAUACGCAAUAACAACGGGCAGUUUGUGUUCAACGUCAAGUUCUAUCCUCCUGAUCCCUCACUGCUCACUGAAGACAUUACCCGGUACCUGUUGUGUCUGCAGCUCCGUGAAGACGUGGCUUCUGGACGACUGCCUUGCUCGUUUGUCACUCACGCUCUGCUGGGGUCGUACACGUUGCAGGCAGAAUUUGGUGACCAUGAACCCGAGCAGCCUCGGCCUCUGGACAACGUCGGUCAGCUGACCUUUGCGCCCAAUCAGAACAAAGAGAUGGAGGAGAAGGUUCUCGAACUCCACAAGUCUCACAGGGGAAUGACACCAGCACAGGCCGACGUCCAGUUUCUAGAAAAUGCCAAGAAACUGUCCAUGUAUGGGGUGGACUUGCACCAUGCAAAGGACUCUGAGGGCGUGGACAUCAUGCUAGGUGUGUGCGCCAACGGGCUCCUGGUUUACAAAGACAGGCUCCGGAUAAACCGCUUUGCUUGGCCCAAAAUCCUCAAGAUUUCGUACAAGAGGAAUAACUUCUACAUUAAGAUCAGACCAGGAGAGACGGAGCAGUUCGAGAGCACGGUGGGAUUCAAACUCCAGAACCAUCGGUCUGCCAAGAGGCUGUGGAAAGUCUGUGUGGAGAAUCACAGUUUCUUUAGGUUAACGGUACCAGAACAACCCACCAAGGCCCGCUUCUUGACUCUGGGCUCCAAGUUCCGUUACAGCGGGCGAACCCAGGCCCAGACCCGCACGGCCAGCUCCCUCAUAGACCGACCGGCACCCAACUUUGAACGCACCUCAUCCAAACGUAUCAGCCGCAGUCUGGAUGGAGCACCAAGGAUCAGCAUAACUGAAGCUACAUCUGAGAACGGCCGCGAGCCACAUCUGGAGCUCCACUCUGACUCUAAGGUUAAGGAGGUGGACUUGAGCCCUGGUGAUGCGGAAGCCACGCCCACCCAGCAGUCACUGGGAGCCAGUGAGCUCGCCCUCUCUCAGGACCACGAUAAGACCCAAGAAGACGUUCUGAAACACCAAGCUAGCAUUAGCCAGCUAAAACGCUCCUUUAUGGAGGCGCCGCCUCCCUCUCCUCCGCAGCCCAACCAGUGGGAGAAUCGCCUCACCUCCUCUCCCGCAACGAUACGUAUUCAACAGCAACAGCAAGUGAGCCUUGAAGAGGAGAUAGCUUCUGUGCUUCUCAGUAGACACUCUGGCUUUUGUUCAGCUCCAUCCGCCUGCAGUGUCGCUGAGCCGACUCUAGAUGGCGAUAUAACCACAUCUACUGCUUCACAUCUCACUGCUGUCUGCAGCGCCGCUGCUCCACUCUCUGCCACUGAGGAGAGCGAGCCCGAAGCGGAAGCAGCUGCUGCCGAUAACGCGAUCUCUGAUACCAAAGAACCGGCGAAGACAACCGAAGUUGAAAUCGAAGAAACCGUUGUCGUCCAAGAGGUUUCCGUAGCACCCAAACCCGGACUUGUCACGGUUACGACCAGCUCCCCUGCUGGCCCACCUGCAGAGCAGGAAACACUAGAGCAGGAAGUGACAGUUGAAGUGGAAGUAGUGGUAGUGGAGGAAGCGAAAGCAGCAAAGCAGGAGAGCAUUUCCUCUGAGAGCGAGAGCGAAGAAGAAGCCGAGUACCAUCCAAACGUCUCCAUCUGCCAUACACAAAUACCAGAAGAGGAGGAAGAGCAGCAGCAGCAGCAGCAGCAGCAGCAGCAGCAGCAGGAGGAAGAGGAGGAUAAGACAGCGGAGCAGGACGUGUCGGCUCCAGACGCUCCUUCCCUUCCAGCUGAAGUCGGUCAACCUGUAGAGGCGACCAGUCGAGAGGAAGAGGAGUCCAGGAACAAGGACGCAGAGGAGGAGAAGAAUGCCGAGGAGGAGAGGGAGACGAAGGAGAGCGCCGAUGAUCCAGAGAUGACACCAGACGAAGCCCUGAACGGUCACACCCUGCCGGAGGAGAGCGUGACCGCAGAGGAAGAGCCCAAAAUGAACGGAGAAGUCUUUCUGGCCGAAGCAGAACACCGGCCACAGGUUAUUUGUUGCUCUGAGCCACCUGUGGUAAAGACAGAAAUGGUGACUAUAUCAGACACGUUUGCGGCCCAGAAAACUGAGAUAGCUACAAAGGAAGUGCCCAUCGUACACACGGAAACCAAGACCAUCACAUACGAAGCCGCACAGCUGGAUGGUAAUGGCGAUGGCGAGCCUGGAGUGUUGAUGACUGCUCAGACAAUCACCUCUGAAUCUCUGUGUACCACCACAACCACACACAUUACCAAGACGUUAAAGGGCGGCCUAUCGGAGACGAGGAUCGAGAAGCGCAUCGUCAUUACUGGUGACUGUGACAUCGACCACGACCAGGCACUGGCCCAGGCCAUUAAGGAGGCCAAAGAGCAACAUCCUGACAUGUCUGUUACCAGAGUGGUGGUUCAUAAAGAAACCGAACUGGCUGAGGAGGAGGAUUGACUGAACUCAGAGUUGAAGGGCCCAUCAAGACAGUUCUCUCUGACGCUGAACGACCUCAUCAACCUACGACAACCAACCUUGACUGACUGAAGAGGAGGAGGAGGAGGAAGAGGAAGAGGGGUAGACAAAUGGGAGAGAAGUUGCCAAUCUCUUCCCAGUCGGUCUUUCUUACAUGUCUGUGGUGCGUCUAAACACCUUCACUCCAAAAACCAAGAAAAACAAAAAAAUAAAAUAACAUCCCCUCUCUCUCCGAGGGAACAAAAAAGAACCACUUCGUUAGCUUAAUAUUUCUAGCGUGUUUCUAUUUUUUAAUUUCUUUUCUUCUUUUAACUGUUUUACAAGUUGAGAUGUAGUGUGUCCGUCGUGUUCAAAGUGUAAAGCUGCAGGAAUGCACCGAUGACCAAUCCUGAUGGGAUAUCAGACUUUGUCUCUAUCAGAGAUUGUUGUAUCAUUGUACGGAUUAUUUCCCAGUAACAGUGACUUCAAUAACUCAUUCACUCAAAAGUCGAAGCAAAUUUAACUUCUGUUCAUCUAUAAAAAGAUGGCGAUCUGAAAUAGAGAAAGCUUUAUAAUAGUCAUUAUUUGGUCAGAAUGUGAUUGUACUCGUUUGUUCCGUAUCAGCAAAGUGGUAUUGGUACAUUCCUAAAAAAAAAAAAAAAAAAGUUAAAUUACAGCUCCCUCCCUCCCUCACUUCACUAUGUUGUAAAUGGAGAGUAACAUAAUAUAACACGGUGUUUUUAAACUUGUUAAAGUAACAAUUAGGACUUCAGGAAACACAAAGACACAACCUGAUUUUUUUUUUUUACUUUUUCAAAGUGUAACUUAAUCAAUUAGAAGCUCAAUGGGAGAACACUAUCACACUUUAUUACUAACAAUUACAGGAGACGGGGAGCUGUAACUUAAAAUAUUGCAGUAAAAACCAAUCAACCAGUUUUUUGAAUUUUUGUGAUUCUGUCUUGUUUUCAGUUUUUUUUUUUUUUCUGUAAGUUUAGUUCUCAUUCAUCCACAUUCCGUGUGCGUUGACCAGCAGCUUAGUGAGUUCAUUUUCAGUUCAGUUCACUUUUUACUCCACUCUAAGAAGAGAAGACAUUUUACCAUUUACAGUAGGGAAUGCACAUUGACAUUUAUUAAGCUCGAGAAGCCAAAAGAUGCAGGCGGAAUUAAUCCCUUGUGAUGUAUUUGUGAGUUUUACUGUAUUUUAGAGUUAAUUUUUACUAAAUGGACUGAAAAUGAACUGACUUUAGAGCUGGUGUGUACAACUGUCUGUACAGUGAAAAUAAAGGUUAUUAGAUGGGAGCAGUAACGCAGCUUUUUCAGUAGCUAAACGCUCUCCCUGGGCCCGCCCACAUUGCGACACUAGCCAUUCCCAUUGGGCCCCAGGGGAGCGAGGGAGCAGUACACUGACUUGUGAUUGGGAGAGAGGACCAGUAAGUUGAAGCAUAACUGGGAGAUAGAGGCUUAGAUGCAUGUUGCAUGUUACGCUCUGACGAGGGCAAAAUUCACUCGAGUUAUUUUGCAUCCUGAAGCGAGUUAAAGCCGUUUUGAUAUUUUUCACACAAUCUGCAAUUCAAGCACAGGUACCAAAAUGAGGACAUAGAGUGGGAACAGCAGUUCUGUCCAAAAUUCAGAAUAAUGGGAUUUCUUCCAGUUUGCUAACUCUGCAUCGGAGCCCGUCUGUCGUCAUAGUUCAGCACUUAAUGUCACUCCCAGUUUCCUUACAUACCAGACUAGAUAAUGGCAACGAACCCCUUCUAGAUACAAUGACACCUGGGAGUAAAUUCAGCAUGUCGUCACACAUGUUUUUAUCUUGAGCGAGUCUGGAUAGGAGGCUACUGUGUUGAUUUGGUUUGAGAGUGUGUAGAUAACAGAUUAUCUCGGCUCAUACAGUACGUCGACAUGAGAUUAUCUUGGCCCUGACGCCGGCUGUGAUGUAACUGUUUUCACCGCAAACCAAAUAUUCUUCAGCAUUAAAGUGGUUUUAUGUUUUUGGCCCGUUUUCAAAAAUGACAUUCGGUUGUAUUUUCUACAUUAUUUGAACACACACAAAGCAUAACGCUCUGAAUCUGCCGGUGCACUACGAACAGACACGGUCACAACAUCACAGUGAAACGCAGCUUAAAGGGAAGUGGAUCCGAGGGGUUUGAAGUGCUCUCUCGAAACCCCCUAAAAGGAAUCGCGUGAUGUUUUAUUCAUUUUCGGCGUCCUUUUUACCCAAAUGUUCCACAAAAAUGUGACUUUGUGUAAAUAUCGGUGGCAUUAAAUGAGUUAGAACGAGGUGCUCGGAAAAAAAAACACAUUUUCCUGAAAUUGAAACUGCUUGUAAGCAAAGAAGUGCCCACAGAUUGACACGAGAACAUUCCACCUGCACCUGCCUAGAUUUGCCUCAACCCUCCAGUCACACUGGACAUGGAGGCAUUCGUCCCUCUUGAAUGAGGAAAUACUAACGCACAUUCUCCACAUUUUGAAAUAGCAUGUACCUCGUAUUUCAGCCCCAGUUUAAGGCUUUCUCUCUGGACUGGACCGGUAAUGACAGUCCAGGCUUUCUGUUGGGGAACACUGGUCUGACCUCUACUAUGCAGUGAAAUCACAUUCCAGAUGAGGGGGCAGCUUUAACCUCUAACCCUCUUGUAAAGAGACAAAGCAGCAAAAAAAAAAACAUUCAAAAACAAACCGUGCAACAUGAGGCAGCUUUGGAAGCUUUUGCUGUUCCAAAAAAAAAAAAAAAAAAAACUUUAAAAAUAGCAUCAGUUAUAUCACAACUAUAUUUGUAGACUUUCUGAUAAUUCGUUGUCUUUUCUCUGUGAUCUAGUUGCGGUAAGGUGGGAUGUAUUGUGCGCCCGCUUGGAUGUUUUAUUUUUGGACUUUAAAGGAACACCACUUCAAAUAUAAAUGUUGUCCACCAUUUCAUUUUUUUUGUUUUUGUACUGUUAGCUCCAGGUUUGACCUGUUUUGGGGGUCCGGGCUCUGUUUUAACCAAUCUCAGGAGCUUUGUGAGCGGCAAGGGGUUGGCUUUCCAAAAUGUAGAAUUUGAUAUGAAAGUCAUUUUUAUUUAGACAAAAAAAGACAGCGCGGACAGAUGAUGAUGAUUCUACGCCAGCUGAUUUAUAAACUGUCAGGAUCUCAGCGUGGUAACAUGUUUGGGGUCAGUGUUGCGUGUAAAAUAACACAAUGAAUUGCUAUCAGAUGGGAUCUAAUUAAUAACACUUCUUUCCGUAUGAUGUUUUAAAAGGCGAAUGAUAAUUGGACUACCUUCUUCUUUACAGUUACAUCUCAGGCGUUGUGCCACGGAUGAAGCAGUGUCAGUUGAUACCAGCAUCAUUUUGUAUUUCAGUGAGUUAAAACUCCCAGAAAAAACAACUUUGUACAUAAACACGUUUUGGAAAACCAACCACAGCUGCCUCACCGUUUCCUCUUUAGCCAGCCGAUGAUCACCGGUAGGGUUUGUCUAUCUAGCAGCUUGAUUGUCUUGUGUCUCCCCACCCACAGCCACUCCUCCCCUGUGUAACACUGUUUAAAUAAAGGAUUGUUAUACUCUGAAA